UUUUAAUGUCCUUAUCUCAUUAAGGUGUCGACAAGCCUCAAGGAGCAGGAUGGAUCUCGAUGUGGUUAACAUGUUUGUGAUUGCGGGUGGGACCCUGGCCAUUCCAAUCCUGGCCUUCGUAGCUUCUUUCCUCCUGUGGCCCUCGGCGCUGAUAAGAAUCUAUUAUUGGUACUGGCGGAGGACGCUGGGCAUGCAGGUCCGCUACGUGCACCACGAGGACUAUCAGUUCUGUUACUCCUUCCGGGGCAGGCCAGGACACAAGCCGUCCGUCCUUAUGCUCCACGGGUUCUCCGCACACAAGGACAUGUGGCUCAGCGUGGUCAAGUUCCUUCCGAAGAACCUGCACUUGGUCUGUGUGGACAUGCCUGGACAUGAAGGGACCACCCGUUCCUCCCUGGAUGACCUGUCCAUAGUUGGGCAAGUGAAAAGGAUACAUCAGUUUGUAGAAUGCCUUAAGCUGAACAAAAAGCCCUUUCACCUUAUAGGCACCUCCAUGGGUGGCAACGUGGCUGGAGUAUACGCUGCUUACUAUCCAUCUGACGUCUGCAGCCUGUCUCUCGUGUGCCCUGCUGGCCUGCAGUAUUCAACUGACAAUCGGUUUGUACAACGGCUCAAAGAGCUGGAGGACUCAGCCGCCACGCAGAAGAUCCCUUUGAUCCCAUCCACCCCGGAAGAGAUGAGCGAGAUGCUGCAGCUCUGCUCGUACGUCCGCUUCAAGGUGCCCCAGCAGAUCCUUCAAGGUCUUGUUGACGUUCGCAUCCCUCACAACAGCUUCUAUCGGAAAUUGUUUUUGGAAAUCGUCAGUGAGAAAUCCAGAUACUCUCUGCAUGAGAACAUGGACAAGAUCAAGGUCCCAACACAGAUCAUUUGGGGAAAACAAGACCAGGUGCUUGAUGUGUCGGGGGCAGACAUAUUAGCCAAGUCCAUCACCAACUCCCAGGUAGAGGUUCUGGAAAACUGUGGCCAUUCAGUGGUGAUGGAGAGACCGAGGAAGACAGCCAAGCUCAUCGUCGACUUUUUAGCCUCUGUGCACAACCCAGACAACAACAAGAAGCUGAACUGAGGCCGCUGCCACAGCCUGCAUUGUUGCACACAGCGUCUGCUCCCAUCCCCAAAACCUGACACAGUAACCGCUCUCAGGGAUCCUGCCCCAAAUGCUGUCGGAGCACCAACGUCCCUGAGGAAACCAGUUGCCUAUCCCAGUAUCCUUGGUUCCAUAGAGCAUCAGGGGCCGCAAGGAACUCUCCAAGAUCCUUUUUUUCAAAAUAGAAACCUAAAUGGGAAAAAAGACAACGACAAACCACACCUAGCCAUGAAGCCUACCAGAGUCUUCACGCCACUGGCAAGCCAGUGCUAAGCAGCCACCCUGGACCGUUAUCUCCAAGGACACUUUCUUUAAGACAUUCCUCACACAUUAAACUUGAUCUCUUUUUGUUGUUGUUACUUCAGAUGUAUCCCCCUGCAUGGCCAGUGGCCUUCUCUACAGGAGCUUUAGUCAUUCACUGAAAACUCUUAUUUAGAUGUAAUUCAAGUUUUACAUAGAGGCCCAAGUGUGAAUGCAUUAACCACAAGGCUGGGAAAGAGACAGCGAACUGUGGAAGAGGUUUCUGCCUCGAGGUCUAAUACACAGGAGGAUGAGGCAGAAGGAUCCAAGAUCAAGACCUGUUAGAGGUACAGAGCGAGUUCAAGGCCAGCCUGAGCUACUGACUGGAAGAAGAAAAGAGAAAAUGUUUCUACCUUUUUUUUUUUUUUUUUUUAAUGUAGAAAUCAACGUGAGGGGGCAGUGCUCCCCCUCAGUCAGCCCUAGAAACCAGCCAAGCCGCAGAACAUGCAGACUGAUAUCGAGUUUGGACACCCACAGAUCAGAUACAUCUGACCGACCACAGGGAAGAGCGCCUGACCGAGUGGGUUCCCUAGGAGUGAUUUACAAUUUAUUAAUAGGACUAAUAAAGCAAUAAUGUUCUAGACUUCCAUCUGGUCGGCCGGGAGGCCCAUCACCAAGCAGCUCGUUGGCAUCCUUUCAAUGAUGCUGUUCUACUGAAAACCCUCGGAAGUAAAAUACCAGCUCGUUAAUGAAUUCUGUGAAUUCCGUGAAACAAUACUGUGUGUGAUUGAAAGAAAAAAAAAUGAGUCCAAACAGCUGUAAAAGAGACCACAAUAAUGUGAAAUAAAUUUACUAAGUCUAGGCUGGCAACA